AUGGCGACCGAGGACCUUGGCCCAGAGAGCGAUUCGAUAUCUCAGCCCGAUGACAGCGAUUACGAUGUCGAAUCGCUGUCCGGAGACACUCCUGCAACUCGGGAUGCCUCGGGCGAGGCUGUCGAACUGGAAGCCCACGCACGUCCUAGCACGGCAGAGGUACAAGCGUCCAAAGCGAUCGAAGCCGCGGGGGGUGGCCCUGGCCGUGAUUCCGACAACGAAAUCAUAACAUCGUCUCUUGAUAUCAGACCCGAUAGACUCGUCUCGGACGAUGGCGACCAUUCAGUCUUCGAUGCUGAGCCCGCACCACCGGAUUACAUUACCGCAACGACCCUCCACCACGCACGCGGGCAAGACACGGCAGUCGCCGUUGACACAGGACCGGUCUCGAAUGGCCGCGAUGUUACAAAUGGUCCACGUUCCGGCGUCCGAACAGAUCCACUGAAUUCCUCGCGCACGUUUCUCUGGAGGACUCUUCUUCUCGUUAUUGCGAGGGUGAGGCUUUUACUCAAAGACCCCGUUCGAGCAGUCAUUCCAAUCACCUCGAUAUCCCUGCUGGUUCUUCUACUGGCCAUGACGCUCAAGACCAUCACGCCCAAGUCGAAUGAUGUCUCAAUCCCCGCCAGACACCGUGAUCCCACAAGACAUCGGAACGCAGACCCAAGAUGCGACUUUGAUACUUAUCGAGAGGUCAACAUUUCCCUCCAAGAUACUGGCAACUUCGCUCUCAUUGACGAUGUUGCGUUUUGGUGCAGGAAUGGGGGUUGUCGGGCCAGAAAUGGACUCUUUCGGGUCAACGUAUAUGAUGCCGAUCAAGCCGAACUCAUCCCGGACCGGAGACCAAUGUCACUCCGCAUCAGCGUUGCGACGGCAUGGCCCUAUGUGAUCGACCGAGUGAAGUACGAGAGGGUGGGUAACGCGAUAACGUUGGACACUCCCGACAUCAGCAAGCGCAGCGGGCCAGAGUGGGAUGCAGCUGAUCGAGAGAAGCGGAAGGCAGGUAUUGGCUCCGGAUUGGGACCAUGCCUAGAUUUCGUCAUUGACCUGUUCGUGCCACACAAUGCGGUGUUUACAAACUGGCUCACGAAAUUACGCCACUUCAGCUUUCAUCAGGCCCCGUACAAUAUGCAGCCGGACGGCGAGGUGCCAUCUCUACCAACAAAGAUACAACGACGCAAAGGCGGGAUCACGGUGACCAACACGACGCUUAUAGAAGCGCUGUAUGGUAACGUCAGCAUCCAUCAUUGGAGCUCUCCGCAUGUGCAUGUUGAAAGCCGGACCGGAAACAUCGAGGGAACCUUCUCGUUCCAUGAGGAACUGAGCUUCGAGAGCUGGACGGGUGCGAUCGAUGUCAGCAUCGACUACCAGGAUAGAAGCCAAGGACAGAAUCAAGAUGCGCUGCCAUCGCUCAAGACCUUGACGAGAAGUGGAAAUACCACUGUGGCAUUCCCCGAGCUGACCAUUCCCGACCGCGGAGUGGAGCUUCCCCUUCCACCGUCUAUGGUAACACGACACUUGUCGACCUCGGGGUCUCUGGAUCUGACAUAUCCUCAUGGAUGGAACGGUUUUGUAGACGGCUUCUCCGUAAAGGGCAAAGUACGGAUCGAUGCCCCGCUGAUUCCGGUGAACUGGAGCCAACGGAGAGAGUCAACAGAUAGCCAGGUUUUCGUGGGCUCUCCCAAAAUGGAGAUGGGGCAGCUCAGAUUCGCUACGGAGACUGGUGAUGUGAAACUGGCAAUCAUGGGAUCGAGACCUACGGAAUUCCUGUUUCUGCCUGAGAGCGAUCAGAGAUAG